AUGGCGACUCACUACACGAAUGACUCUUGUCCGUUUUCCCAUCGGGCCAUGUUUGCUCGGGCCUUGCGGCCCCCAACGGACACAAAGGUGCAAUAUGUUCCCUACGGGCGGCAAGUGGAGUUUGCGGAACGCCUCGGUGUUAAGGCCAUCCAGGGAGCAACCAAGAACUUUGAAGGCAUGACUGUGGAAGAACUCCAGGCAAUGAAAGAUGAAUACAAGAAAUCUGUCAAUCCAAGCGGUGAAGUUCCUAGCCUGAAGACCAACAGUGGCGACAUCAUCACUGAAUCCGAGAUCCUGGCUGAGUACUUCGACAUGAUCUCACAGACGUCCACGCCCAAACUUGUGCCAAGUGACCCCGUGAAAGCCAGCCACAUGCGUCUUGCAAUGAAGAAAUUCAAUGACGUGGUCCCUGGGUUGUUUGGUUUGCUUCGCAAUCAAGACCCAGCAAAAGAUCAGGAAUGGGCGGACAAGAUCAACGCCAGCAUGCAGAAAUUUCGAUCCGUCCUCGCUGCUGAAGGCCGCUUUUGCGUCGGAGGAGCUGUGUCCUUGGCUGAUGUGCAUUGUGGACCUUUUCUGCACCGUUUGAGUGUCACGCUGGCCCAUUACCGUGAUUUUCAACUCAUACAAGACCCUCGUAUUUCUGAGCUGCUUGAAGCUGUGAGAGCUUUGCCAGAGUUCCAAAAUGGUAAUUGCCCUGAUGAGGACAUCAUUGCAAAUUAUGCUUUUGUAGCGAAUGGAUCGCAAUGGGGCAAAGAUGGCAAGUCCUUCGAAGGUCGUGGUCAGAGUAAAUUUCCAGUGACUUUGCACUACUUCCCAGUGAGAGGAAGAGGUGAGGCUUUGCGCAUGCUCCUUCGGACGGCAGGAAAAGAAUAUGUUGAUCGCCUUUAUACUCCAGAGGAAUGGAGUGUGAUGAAGGACAAGAUGCCUGAAGGCAAAGGUGUGCCAGGAGUGGUCACCAGACCCGCAGGAAAUCGAGGCUUGCCAGUUCUACAGCUGCCCACCGGGGAAAUGAUUCCGGAGACUGCCGACAUUGGGCGCUUCAUCGCGGAGCAAAAUCCCGAAGCAUUUGCGCCAGGAAAGACAGCUGAAGCCAACGAAAUGGCUGCGGCUUGCAACACAUAUCCACUCAUUUUCCCCGUUUGCAUGCUGGCAUCCUACCCGGAGGAGGUCACAGAUGCAAUCCUCCGUGGGGAACUGCCGAACACAUACCAUGGAAACUUGGCAGACCUUCCUCCAUACAGCGAUCUCUUGAAGACACUACAGCUUUGGGAAUCCAAGCUGGAUGGUCCAUUCUUCGGGGGGGAGCGACCACACUUCGGUGAGUUCAUGCUUUUCACUGUGCUGGAUUCUUUGAACGAAACAGAUCCCGCGACGGCUUCCAAAGUUGAAAAGUUGCAAAGUUGGGGGCAGAGGAUGAAGAAGUUGGAAGCAGUUGCCUCCUACCUCAACAGCCGGUCUCCACCUGGUGUCCCAGGAGCCCAUGGAAAGCCUGGCAGCAUCAUCACCAAGUACAGCCAACCUUCACUGCCUUGGCUCAUGUCCUACGUGAGGCUCGGCAGCUUGGCCACAGCUCAGAUGCAAGGACCAGAUCUAUUCAUGGAGAAGUACGCCUUCUCGUGGACCAAACACCGUGCAUGUCUUGCAUUGGAGCAAUGGCCCAAUUUCGAGCUCUGCUGCCGGAGGCAGGUCUCUGGAGAUUGGAGCAACGCGAAUAUAAGACGUGGCAAAGGCUAUUCUGUGUAUGAGGGAGGCAAGAAUGGCGAACAAACUGCAGGCAAGCUAUCUUUCUCCAAGGCGAUGGACGUGCUUCGAGAAAUGUUGCGUGCAGUGAGUACCGAAGAGGAGGAGCAGCUUUUGUCCCUCCUUGGCACGGGUGAGAAGCCCGGACAUAGCCCUGAGCUUCCAAUGCCCCUCUCUGCGAUGCUGCCAAGCCCUGGCACUUUCCAUGCACUCAUACGUCUAGCUCUACGCGAAAGACGCGUGAACGAAGCCCUGGGGCUGUUGGCCUACAUGCGACGCAAGGAAAUGAAUGUUUUUGCUCGAAGCCUGGCAGAGCUGGCCGCAGAUCCGAAAGUUCCGCCGCGCUUGGCCAUAAAGUUUUUACAUGAGAUGGAAAGGAUUGGCCUGCCUGCCUCCCAACAUUUGCUCCACUUCCUCGUCGUUCGUUUGGCUGGCCUGGAACUGCCUGAGCCGCGGGGUCGCUGCGCAGUAGGUUUUGUCAGGCGGCUUUGCCGUCGCAGUCGUCAGGAGGAGGGGACAGCUAUGUACUUCCGUUCUGGAAAUUCCGGGAACAAAGUGCACAUCACUGGCGCCACACUUGCGCGGUGCAUCUCCAUGGCAUCUCCUGAUCUUUGGCCACGCUGGGGUCGUGCUGUCGGCAUUUGGGCAAAAAGGAGUCAGGAGGAUGCUUCUGUGCCAUUUCGAGCCCUCAUGAAACUGAUUGGCGUCAUGCAGGACUGCAGGAUGUCUCGUUGCCGAGUGAACACGUAA